ACAUUUGAAUCAUUCAUUUGGUCUGCAUGAUUAUUCGCUGAUUUUUAAAGAAUUGAAUCAUUUCGUUUGUUCUUAGCGUACAUGACAUCUGCCAUGCUUUUCUACGUCAUUAUGCCAGUGGCCCCAACAUUCUUCGAAAAUGUUUUCUCAAGGAUGAACGAAACAAAAUCCUUCGACUUUGUAAUGAAGGGAGAAUUUCCUGUUAACAAUAUGCGUGAUUACUACUUUGAAAUUUUUAUAUUCGACAUGCUCGUGUGCGUAGCGACUGUUUUUGUCCUCGGUGCAGUCGACAGUACUUACGCUGCUUGUACUGAGCAUUGCAUUGGUUUAUUUGGAUUGCUCAAAUUUCGCUUAGUAAAUUUAACUCCGAAAAUUUCACAAAACUACAGUGACAUGGCAAAUUCAAAUUACGAUCAAGAUGAUGCCACUUAUUGUAUCAAUCGCAAUUAUACACUAUUACUUUCAUUUUUUCCUAGAUUUGCAGAAAUUCUCAAAACUUCGUAUUCUCUUACAUUUUUAAUUCUAAUGGGUGCUACUGUAAUUUAUAGCAGUCUUGUUUGUACCCUUAUCCUUUUAAAGGGAGAUGAGUUAAAAGAUCGUUUGAGAUAUUCAGGUAUUUUUGUUGGACUAUUGAUCCAUUUGUUUUAUAUCAGUUGGCCUGGGCAAAAAUUGAUUGAUCACAGUACAGGUCUAUUUGAUGAUGCUUAUACAAACAAGUGGUACGAGUGUAAUUUUAGAACAAAAAAUUUAUUGAGAAUUGUGAGAUUACGUUGUUUGACACCAUGCCAAUUGACCGCCAGUGACUUGUACAUAAUGAAUUUUCCAAACUUUGCUGCGGUUCUCAAAACUUCAAUGUCCUACAUGACCGUCCUCGCAUCUUUCAUAUGAUUUAUUUAUGAAAUGAUAUUCAAUCUCAAUUAAAUUAAAACGGUCAGC